CUGGCAGAAAAAUAAUUAUUGCAGAUAGCUUUCGUACAACGAAAACAAUUUGGUAAUCGCAAUCGCAAGUCGCAAGCUCGUCGCAUCCUACCUAAUACCACACUCACUGCCUCUCUUCUCUUCUCUUACCUUACUACGCCACUGUGCCGUCCGCAGUAUGAACGGUUUUCCUGGAGCGGGCGUCGGCGCUGCCGGUGCCGCAGGCGCGGGACAGUACGACCCGAACGAUCCUAAUGUUAAGAGAACGAUCGCCCUGAUGAACGCGACGAUGGAAUCGUGCUUCGGCAAGGCUGCUAUUUCCGGCGUCAUGGGCUUCGGUAUGGGCGGGUUGUUUGGGAUGUUCAUGGCUUCUAUGGCCUACGACACGCCGUUCCACACGCCGGGGGCCGCGGGGGCCGCGCCGACGCCGAUAUCGAGCCUGCCGUGGCGGCAGCAGCUGAAGGUCGGGUUCAAGGACAUGGGGUCGCGGUCGUACAGCACGGCCAAGAACUUCGGGCUCGUCGGGCUCAUGUUCUCCGGCAUCGAGUGCGGCAUCGAGGGCUACCGCGCCAAGAACGACAUGUUCAACGGCGCCGCCGCCGGCUGCCUCACCGGCGGCAUCCUCGCUAGGAGCGGCGGGCCCGCCGCCGUCGCGGGCGGCUGCGCUGCUUUCGCCGCGUUUAGUACCGCUAUUGAUGCGUGGAUGAGACAGCCGAAGGACGAUGAAUAAAGUGGUGUAGGGGUUUUGGGAUGUCGUGUCGUGUCGUGUCGUGUCGUGUUGUAUUUGGUUCAAAAAGAAGAUAGUCCACCCACUGGGUUCGUUGGCGGACUGACUGACUGACUGAUUUGGCGUUGGAAGGGAAUUGCAUAGGAUCACGGCGUUACGGUUUCCCGCAGCUCUGUGCGUGGGUAUAUAUAGAAAGGGGGGGCAUCACAUUCUCCACUUAGAAUCUUGUAAUGUGCAGAAGAUAGGUACGACGGAGCGGCUGCUGAUACCGCUUGACGAUAUACCCAUCCACAAUAGACUAAUGCCAAUCACAACGGUUAACUUCUGUGUGAGGUCGUUUAUAUUUCUAUUUGGAACAAUCUUUGGAUUGACGGGUUACUGUACUUGCGGUAGCCCAUAACAAGCCAUGCUA